AUGGCCGCUGAACAGUCAUCAUCCCUGUUGCACUCCAGCCCUGCCUCAAGGCGCCAAUCCGGGUCGCUCAGACCAUCUGAUGGCCACUCCUCUGACGUAUACUCGCCGUCUGCAGCCCUCCGACCUUCCGCCCUCCCAAUUACAACCGGCCUGCUGGGCUGCGCACUGGUGAUGGUCGUCUCGUCAUUAGUCAUCUUCCUCCUUGGCGUGAACAUAGUGAUCCAGGUACGCACCAUGUCCCGGAAGUCCCUGAGGGGUGCAGCGCUCAAGUGCUUGAACCUACUGCUCAGCCUUUGCGCUAUGUACGGCAUCUACUGCCUCAACCUAUGGACAACUCGCAAACUCCUCGCAAGCCCCUCAGGCACAUACUCUCGUUUGGACAACACUGGUACCGACUUCGAGUUGGAACAGUUCUAG